GCGCUUCGAAGGCCGUUCGAGGCCAGGAAAACAUCUAACUGGCGGACCCGCCCGCCAGAGUGUGCAACAGUGUCUUGCCGAAGCUGGUCGUGUCAUCGUGCUGGCUCCGGAGCACUCCUCGUAGUGGUGUCCAACUAGUGUCCUCGAUGAAGCGUGUAUCGUGUGUAGAUCUUGGAGCUUUCCAGCUUUAACACGACUGAAUAUCGCGCAAGUGAUUAAUUAAGUAUCCAGUCACCAGCAGGCCGCUAGAUCAGCGAUGGUACAUUCUGCGUUCGAUCUUCGGUCAUCGGUAGCUUUGAGCAAACACAAUCUUUAGACGUCCGGUUUCCUAUCGGAUUAAAAAGUGCAAAGAAAGUCAAUAAAUAACGGUGCAUUAGGUUGCUCUCGGUUCCGCGAAGGGUGCCAGCGGAUCACUGUACACAUCCCAUUAACCCGCACCCACUUUACGUAUAAUGGCGCUCAGGUCUACGAUGUAACACAUCGAAAAAGUUUUGUGCGUCGGGGUACGGGAAACUCUUCCUGGCGCUUAAUCUAAUUAGCAGCCACACACUGCUUCCUCGCUGCCCGGAUAGAUAUGUAGGUAGAUAUGGUUUAAAAACUGUCCAAGCACUGUUGAGAAACACCAACCAACGAAGUAGUUGGCUAAGCAGUGCCCCCAGCGAAACCGGUAGUGAAGCAACCAGAGGUUUGGUGGACAGGACUCCUUCAUUGGGAUCCAGUAGGAUCGGCGAGAACGAGCCCUUCGCCAAGACGUUGGCCAAGAAUAUGGGGCGUCGAGCGACGGACCAGCGCCAGUUUGCAAUGUAAACCCACGGACCAGAAGGCAAAUGAAAUCAGUGCAACCGUGCGCCCCGACAGUGCCGUUCCGGGCAAUACAUUUCAAUAACGUUCAAUACGUUACUGCCACCAAUAAAACUAAAUCCCCGCGUCACAGGAUCAGCCCCCUAUCAAACCCGUGCGCGCCGUGAAUCGUUAGCCAUGGAGAAGCUGGAGGAGUACCAGGGUUGGGCCGGGCGGUGGCAUCAGUGGCGGGAUGGGACCCGGGAGCGAUACAACGGGUGGCGCGAGCGGCACCCUCGGGGCAUCGGCCAGUACGUGCUGGAUACGUUCUCGCUCGGUCCGUCGAACGCCGCGGCUGGCGAUACCGUUGGCGGAGGUUCGCGGGGCGAGUGGAACGAGAACACGGUCGACUUUUCGCACAUCUAUCGGCACAAAACUCGGCUGGAGCUGGUCCGCAUAUCGGCGGCAGUCAUGGGCAUCGAGUUUUCGUACGCUGCCGAGACUGCCUUCGUUUCGCCGACCUUGCUGAAAAUAGGCGUCGAGCAUCAGCAUAUGACCCUGGUGUGGUGUUUAUCGCCGUUGAUUGGCUUCUUUCUGACGCCGCUGUUCGGUUCGAUGAGCGACCACUGUCGCAGCAGCCUUGGGCGGCGGCGACCGUUCAUCUUGCUCCUCUCGGUGGGUGUACUGCUGGGGCUGCUGCUAGUGCCAAACGGGGAGGAUCUCGGCUACGCGAUGGGCGACUUCAACGGCACUAACGCAACGUCGUUCGCCGUCGGCAACGACACCGGCAGUUUAGGCCCCUCACUCCCGGUACCACUGGCCCACCGAUCGACCGCGUCAGAGACAAAGUUGGAGGCAGCGUCUACAGCGGAGCAGCCGGUCGCACACCGACCGCGUCACCCGUGGGGCAUCUUCUUCACCAUCGUCGGGACGAUGAUGCUCGACUUCAACGCGGAUGCCUGCCAGAGUCCGUCGCGGGCGUUCCUGUUGGACGUGACGGUUCCGGAGGACCAUGCGCGCGGUCUGUCCACCUUCACCAUUAUGGCGGGGCUGGGCGGAUUUAUGGGCUACUCGCUGGGCGGUAUCGACUGGGACAACACGUCACUGGGUGUGGCGUUCGGGGGACACGUGCGGGCCGUCUUCUCGCUCAUCACGAUCAUCUUCAUCGUGUGCGUGCUGUGCACCGUCACCAGUUUCAGCGAGAUCCCACUCUCGAUACUGGAGCAGGAGCUCGAACGGCAGCCACCGCCACCAACAACGGCUUCCUUGCCGUCGGACGCCCCGUCGGAGUGCCAGAGCCGAGGGUUAACCGAGCGGAACGACACGGAGUCGUACGGUGCCAUGGCUGGCCAGCCGGGUGACUUCGCCAACGAUGCCGGUCUGCAGCUGCCCCCGUGUACCAAGCAGCGUCGAAACACGAUGCUCGCCCUACCGCCGACUCAGCAUACCGUGCCGGUUAAGUCCUCCUCGUCGUACGACGUGCUUCCCGGUGGUAACUUCGCCGAGACAAGCUUCAACCGUAGCGCAACCAAAUCGCCGGAAGCUGGCCAUGGAACACUGGGCCCCGCUGGUGCGCUGGCUGCAGAUGACUGCCCACAACCGGCUGCUACCCUAGCCACGUACCUGAUGUCUAUCGUCUACAUGCCGCACUCGCUACGGAUGCUGUGCCUGACCAAUCUCUUCUGCUGGAUGGCCCAUGUCUGCUACUCGCUCUACUUUACCGACUUUGUCGGAGAGGCCGUCUUCAGGGGCGAUCCGAAGGCCCUGGACGGUACCGAGGAGUAUUUGCUGUACGAAGCGGGCGUCCGAUUCGGGUGCUGGGGCAUGGCGAUGUACUCGCUAUCCUGCGCGUGCUACUCGCUGCUGAUCGAGCGUCUAAUCCAGCGGUUCCGGGCACGCCGCGUCUACGUCGGUGGGUUGCUCUUCUACUGCUGUGGCAUGACGUUGAUGGCGCUUUCCAAGCACCGGGUUGGUGUCAUCGUGUUCAGUUGGACCGCUGGCGUCAUGUAUUCGACCCUGUUCACCAUGCCGUACCUGCUAGUGGCCCACUACCACCUGGAAGGAAAAUUCGAGGUCGAGGACGAGGGAGCGGUGAAGCAGUCGAACGUGGCCGUCCGAGGGCUGGGUACGGAUGUGGCCAUCGUCAGCAGUAUGGUGUUUCUGGCACAGUUCGUAUUGUCCAUCUGCAUGGGAUCGAUCGUUACCUGGACCGGCACAACGACGACCGUGGUCGCCGUGGCCGCACUGCUCAGCUUCUGCGGGGCACUGGCGGCGACGCAAGUAAUGUACUUAGAGUUAUAAAACACAUUCCAAACAAUCUAGCCCCCUGUUUCACCACACUCGGUUACGUGUUCGUUAUUCGUCUACCCGGUGACUGCCGUCACUGUUAUCCCUAUUCAAAUGCCGCGUUGUGAAUGUGUGUUUACGCUUAUAGGCUGAUGAAUCCGUGAAGCAAUACGCAACGCUUCCACUCUCAGCCCACAAUGUUCAU